AUGGCUUAUCCUUGGACUGCUCUGCUCUCCUCUGCGUUCCUUAUCCUCGUCACAGCUCCCGCCGCGCUCUCCGCCUUCGAUUGCAACGCCGGCGACCGUGUCGCCCUCCUCGCAGUCAAGCACGCCCUCGGCAGCCCUCCCUUGCUCGCCACGUGGCUCCCCAACACCAACUGCUGCGCCUGGGACAACCUAUACUGCGAUACCACCACCGGCCGCGUCUACAACGUCUACAUCUACGACGCCGGCGUCGCCCCCGGCACCCCAGUCCCCGCCGUGUUCGGAGACCUCCCGUUCCUGGAAAGCCUCUCCCUCGAGGACAUGCCCGGCCUCUCCGGGCCCAUUCCUCCCUCCUUCGCCCGUCUCUCCCGCCUCUACCUCCUGUGGAUCUCCAACACCUCUGUUUCCGGCCAAGUCCCGGCCUUCCUCGUCGGCACCAACCUCAGCGCGCUGACCCUGCCAAACAACAAGCUCUCCGGCGCCAUCCCCCCGCAGCUGGCCCGGCUUCCGUACCUCCGGUACUUGGAUCUCAGCGGCAACCAUCUCUCCGGCUCGAUACCGCCGGGGUUGCUCCACGGCGAGUACCAAUUCCUCGUACUGUCGAACAACAGGUUGAGCGGGGAGAUCCCCGCAUCGUACGGCGAGGGGGACGUGAACACGAUCGACUUGGGGCGGAACCGGCUGAGUGGUGACCCGGCGUUCUUGUUCAACCGGACGCGGCCGACGGUGAAGCUGGAUCUGUCGUGGAACGAGCUCGGGUUCGACCUGACGAAGGCGGAGAUGCCGUGGAAGAUGGAAUACCUGGACCUGAGCCACAACCGCCUCCGGGGCGGCGUCCCGAAGUCACUCAAGGACCUGUACAAGCUGCGGGUGCUCGACUUGUCUUACAACAUGCUGUGCGGGGAGAUCCCGACGGGGAGGGCGAUGGCGUACCACGACGCGGCGAGCUACCUCCACAAUAAGUGCCUCUGCGGUACGCCGCUACCGCCAUGCCGUCGCCUGUGAGCGGAGCUACGGCAUGCGUCGCGGUCUCGAGAGAGUUAAUGAAGUCGAGUGCAGCUUGCUCUGUUCGUUUUCUUCUCUGACCGUGAUCCAUCUUCCGGCUGCGCAGUCAAUAAUCAGGAUCGCUCUGUAUUUUGUGUCAAAACAAAAGGAACUUUAGAUCUUAUUCGAUAUAUUAUAUAUUCCAUAUUACCAUCACAGAGUUUAAGAAUUAAAAAUUAUGGUCUCGUAUCUAACAUUUACCAUUUGUA